AAAAAGACUCCGUAGUUAACUUUCGAUUGACUUCCUAACAACAAGGGACUAAACAUCCUGACCCUUGUUCUCUAAGCAAUUGUGAUCACAAUCUAUUGAUUGGUUAAAAUCGCUAUUGGUAUUCACAAUUCAAAUAUUAGGCUUGUGAUUUGUAUGCAUUCCAACUUGGUGUACAUAGUAUGGCGUGUUUGAUACGUACAGUUUUUCCCAGAAAGGUGGAUGAUUCCAAUGGAUUAUGUUCGCCUAAUGUGGAUGCUAACAUGCCUUUAGAAGAAAUUCCAAUGGAGGAGUCUGUCAGAAAUAUUUUAACUGAGGAACAAAUAUAUGAUGAUGAAUGGUCAAUUAGUAGAAAUAAAUUAUACUUUAUUGUUCAAUUUUCUGUAUCUGAUUCGAAUAAGAUGGAACGUAUCCUUGACAGACUAGCGUAUUUCAAUAUUGGAAAAACACUUGACUCGUCAAUUAUGGUUACAGAGCCCACGAUAAAUGUUCAAAAACGUAAUAAAGGAGAAAAAUCCGGUGUUAUAUCAUAUUCGGCAAUUCAAAACUUUAUUGGAACUUUGAAAUCACGAUUGUGUGUUGCUCAGGUUUACAACGAAAUUAACCAACGUGGAUCGUUUGAUAUGAAUUAUUUAUGUUUCCUACUGUGUGCAGCUAUUGUGGCAAAUAUAGCUCUCGUGACCAAUUCUGCUGGCGUCGUAUUUGCAAGUAUGCUAUUAUCUCCUUUGAUGGAUCCAAUCAUGUGCAUUCUUUUUGGUUUGAAUUUACGUGAUCGUAAUAUGACAACUAAAGGUAUUCGCAACACGUCGAUUUCACUAAUUAUUUGUGUUAUGAUUGGAUUAACGUUUGGUUAUGUGGCACAUGCAAUUAGUGCUUUUCAAGAUGUUACACCAUAUCCCACAAGCGAGAUGGUUCAAAGGGGUGAACUACGAUCUUUUAUUGGAUCAAUGCUUGUAGCAGCAUUUUCUGGUGUUAGUGUUUCUUUCGCUAUACUAAGUAAGCGACUAUCAGCUUUAAUUGGGAAUGCAAUAUCACUUUCAUUGUUACCGCCAGCAGUUAACUGCGGUCAUUUGUUAUUACUCUCUCUUCUGGCCAUCUCCACUGGAGAGAAACGUGAGUAUGAAACAACAACAGAUGUGGAGUCGAAUGUUACAGCCACAUUGCAUUAUUGUACAUAUCCAUGGAUUCGACAAUACGAAUUUAUCUAUAUGCGAAAUCAUUGUAAUGCUCCUUUGGAAUUCCUUUACGUUGGUUUAUCAAGCUUCUGUCUUGUAACAAUGAACAUCAUGUUAAUUCUAGUUACUGGAUAUACGGUGAAUAAGAUCAAAAAUCUGGUCCCACUUUCGUUUACAAAUGAAAUCACUCGGAGAUUUUAUCAAAAAGACUUACGAGCAAGGUUCAAGGCCACAUGCGAAUUUCAACCUGUCUUUACAUUUGAUUUAUUCUUUUUCUAAAAAUUCAUAUAGACAAUGUGUGUGUGCACCAGAAUUUGAUAAAAUAACAAUCAUUUAGGAAACUACAGGUAACUACUAGUUAUUACCAAUUCGAAUGAAUCACUUUGUAAAUGAGAAUGGUGCACAAAUUAUUUGUGUUCAGUAAGUGAUGGGACGAAAUGAGUGUUUUGAUUAAUUGGAUAAAUGAUGCGUGUAUUGUUUGAAAGUCAGUGAAUCAAUCAAUAGUUAGUGAUUUAUUGCAUAUCUAAAAUUAUUUCGGAUCGUAAGACAAGAUGAAGUAAACAGAUAAUAUUGGAUCGGAUUCAAUUUGUUAGGAAUGACUCAAACCUUACUUCUAGAUGACAAUAAUUAUGUCCUAGUGUAGGACUCCUCAGUAGCUGGCAUCCACCCCACAAGGGAUUGAACCCCGGAUCUCCAACCUCUAUAUUUUAAUGGUUGUUUAACUAAGAUCAGUACAUGAUUUAAACUGAAAAUUCACCGAUCUCCAUAAAUCCCCUAUGCUACCUAUAACUGUUUUUAAUUUGUAAAUUAAAUUAUACUAGAAAUUGGUGAGGACUUUCCUUUUGGUUGAUUGGAAUAACGGGGCGCAAACUGAUUUAUUACUAAUUUACCACUUUCAAAAGUCAUUUUUUAUGGUUAUAAAACAAAACAGACCCACUGAAUUAACGUAGCUUGACAAAAGACAAGACAUCACUUCACAUCCAUCCUGAGGUUUUCUUUACUCCAACCCAUAAAUGUAACUGUAUACCUUUACUUGGUUUUAAGCUUCUGUAAUUCUGUGUACUCUACGUUAUACCCAUUUGAUAAUCGCUAACCAAGGUUCUUCAAUACAUAGAAAACUCUUUACUUUUCCUUUAUGUGCGUGAAUGAAAAUGAAGUUGCUAAAGUGUUCUCACUAGUAUUGAUUUUAUGACUCCCAACAUAGAUGACUUUAAACAGUUCAUUCUAUACUAAAAAAUUAAAUUAAUUGAACUAGUCAACUGUUACAUACAUAUAUAUAAAAUUAACAUUAUAUUCAAAAAUAUCCAUUUUUCUGAAAUGUGGGUCGAGCUUUAAGAUUUUGACUUUUUCUGGUUAUCUUGUAACUAAUAAUCCGUUAGGUUUUGAUGAUACUCAACUUUGAUCUAAAUAUCCCCUAACUUGCCUAACAUCACAAUCAAUAAAAUUUUAGUGUUCCUUAGGUUCUCUGAGCUGGAUAACUUAGUGGUGGAGCUUUAAUUGUCGUUCUGGACGACAACAUCAUCGCCUACUUCAUGUAGAAAUGAGGUUAUUAGUUAUUUUUCAAGUAUUAAAUCGGUUCGUCCUGGUGGUUGCUUUCGUAGGUUUCCUUGUCUUUAUUUGUCAUUGUGUCCUACGUUGAUUGUUAUGUUUGAAUAAUUGACGUUUUGCAUAUGGAUUGAUAGAUCGAGUCUAUUAACUGGCUAUUGAUCUGAAUUGCAUUCUUCUAGAAAUUCUUUGUCAUUCUUGAAAUCUCUUUGAUCUAAAGUCUGUAUGUUUCUCAGUCAAAUUCAUGUUCAUGUUCGUUUAUUGUGUUUGUUACUUAUGUCGACAGACAUAAGUAGUAUAUAACACCAAUCAGAAAUGGAAGGCUUGGUAGUAGAAUGUCGGGAAGAUCAAAGAGAAGAGAACGGGAACAGAGAGUAAUCGUUAUGGCAAUGAGGGUACGAUGAAGUUUGUGACAAUUGAUGGAGGGCGUGCAAAUGAAGUAUAGAACGUAUGGUUUUCAUAUUUGACAAAAGAACUCUAUAAUUUAGUAUUAAAAUACAUUUGCUGUCCCCACCUGUGUUCUCGUUCAUUACAAUAUCAGUGAUAACAUAUGGUAUUGAUUCAGCAAUCCUUUGACAUUUUACAGACAAGUUAAAAACGAAAAUAAUCACAGAUAUUUGUCAAGAGAUCUCAGAAUACCCUCUGUUCAUUAAUAGAAUUAUGUGUGUUUCUAUGCCGUUAGCAAUGAGAAGUCCAAAAUAUGGUUUGUAAAAAAAUGGAGUAUGACUGAUUAGCAGUGAAAUCAAUAACAUGCAUUUUGUGCUAGUUGAGACUCGUCAUCUGGAUCUACUUACAUCUCAGUAUUGAUGGUCAUAUAGAGAUUAGAACCUAACGUUCACUCUUUAUCUACUAAGCUAAUGAGUCUAGGUUCCCACUAACUUGGUCAAAGGGUGUGAUAUUUACAUCAUUACCAGCAUAGGUUUAUCAUGUUGUCAAUAUGCAGGAAUGAAUUUGGAUCAGUUUUUGUUUGCGUAUGUGCAUGUAAAAUAGGAUUUGAAGAUAAGUUGUCAUUUACACAGGUAUUGACUGGACAGUAAGAGGACUAGACAGUUGACUCACAACCCUUGAUUUCAUGAUUCAUCUUUCUAAUCAAUAACUUUUGUAUUAAAGGAAUCUAUUAAUAUGCUGGAACUUUUUUUAUACUUUAUUUUCCCGUAUAUUUUUAUAUAACUGAGUUUGUUAACCAACCCUAGACGUCAUAACCUACUAGGUACUCAUUCGAUUGUAAUUAAUCAACUUUAAAAAUAGAUUGUUCGUUAACAAAUUAUAUGCAUUUAAAGUCUUAUCAUUAGUACUGGCAUCAUUUGAUGGGGGUGGUAAUCAACUGAAAUACUUCAUCGCUAUUCACUGUUUUACAAAAUCUGUGACAGACUAUAAGAAUAACAAUUAAUGUGAUUUAAAGUCAGUCAGUCAGUCAGUAACAACGUAGAACUUCAUACGUACGUACAUCAGUUCGAGUCUUUUAAUGUGAUUUAAAGUAAUUAAAAAAGAGAAAAGUUUUUGCUGAACUGAUUUGAAACCAUUGUUUACCAUUUUUAGGUUUUUCUACUAAUGUUUAAUAAACAAAUAUCGACAAUUGAUAAAAUCAAAAAUCGUUGAACCAGAACAUAUUCAUCAAUCCUCUUUCUAUUGUGCACACAUAUAUGAAGAAAAUAAGUAGUAAAUAAUCAGAUCCUAUAAAAACAUGUUUGGGAUAGAAAGAUAAACUUUAUUUUAUUGAAGCAUAAAUGUGUACGUAUAUGACCAUUAUCUAGAAUAAAACUAUUUAAUUUGAUCGAUAAACUGACCAUAUGUAAGACACAAUUUAAUUAUCAUCUAUUUUAUCGUACCUCUUUUCUUUUCAACGCAUACACCUGCUUCAAUUAAUCCAUUGUUCACGAUAGGAGGUUCGUGAAAAUUACAAAUGUCUGCAUAAAUUUGAUGCAGCCGGUUUAGCCACUUAUGCAUAUAAUGAAUAUUUACGUUUAAAUAAAAUUAAUACACAUGAUGAUGAGCUAACAAAUUUGGAUAUUGAAGAUGCCGAUCAGAUUGCCAAUGACUUUCAUACAAUUAUGAAGGAUCUCAAAAAAGAUCCCUAUCUACAGACUAUUACUGCAGAAACAACCCAAGGUGAUAACAGUUUCUUGAAGAGAUUUAUGGAGAAAUCCGACGAAUUAUCAUCGAGAAACGCCGUGAAACGAGUAAAAAAGCGCCAUACAUUUUGUUAUCCCGAUAAAAAGUCUAUGGUGUUCCAAGAUGAAGCAGUUAGCAAUAAUAUUAAUAGCACUACAAAUAUUAAUAAAACCAUUAACAUUACCAGUCGUCCUACGUUUGUCAAUAAACAUACCAACAGUAACACAUGUCAUAAUCUUGAAAACAGGAGUAAUAAUAAUGUUACAAGAGUGAAGCUAGUGUCUGAAAUUAGACCCUCAAGUUUUGCUAAUGAAAAUCUUAAAACAAAUGAUGUCCAGUUUUCACCAUUAAUUGAAAAUGGCAAAUAUCGAAAAUGUCCAAUGAUACAUGAAAUUACAGAAUCGAAAAUGAGAACUUCCAGUUCUACAGGAAGAUUUGAAGUGGUGUCUGUAGAAUGUCAAUCAGAAUCUACAUAUGAUCCAGAACAGGAUGAUAAGGGCGAAAACAACACUAUGUUGAGAAGAAACGUUUGAGAAAACCAAAGUAAACACAGAAAAUAGCAACCAUCACAACAAAAUAUUGUUUACAUUACGGUUAUCUCAAUUCUAAGAUUUAUCUUUAAAAAAACAAGUCUAUCACUUCAAGUUUAUCAAAACUAGAUCUAUAUUAGAUUGACUGAUUUAUCUAAUAAAAAGAUGACGAUUAUCAUUGUUUUUAAUAAGUUCAUUUUCUUUCCUGUAGUUAUACAUGAAGAACUAUUCACUUGUAUGUUCUAAAGAGUCCCAUGAAAAAUCAGCUACAAGU